CCUACAUCAGGGAGCCACACUACCACCCACACCAGCCUUCGGCAGCCCACUUCACUGCUUUCAUUUGCAACCUUGCAUGUGGAUGCAGUCCCCAGUCCGUCUUAUAUCACACCCGUCUCGUCCACUUUGUUGGAAGACACUUGUGAUUCUACCUCGGCCCCAGGCACACCAUCGCCUCCUUCAUACUUUGUUAUCUACUUUAUUUUCUCCGAAAGCCGCGCUGCUUUCUGCUCCUCUUAGAGACUCUACUCCCUCAUUUCCCCACCCCGUUCGACACUUCUCGUACACUUCCUCUCGACCAUAUUUAGAACACUCAGAUAAUCACACGACAAUGGGCUCCCUCGGACCUUAUCAGCGUAAACACAAGGUUGCCGUGAUCGGCUCGGGAAAUUGGGGUACCGCCAUCGCUAAAAUCGUCGCGGAAAACACUGCCGGCAAUCCUGCCAUCUUCGAGAAAGAUGUUCAGAUGUGGGUUUUUGAGGAGAAAGUCGAAAUCGCCAAGGAUUCACGUCACUACGACCCUUCUUCCCCGUUGUGCCAAGGUCCCCAGAACCUGACGGACAUUGUCAAUACCGUUCACGAGAACGUCAAAUACCUUCCUGGAAUCACUCUGCCCGAUAAUCUACAUGCAAACCCCUCCCUGGUGGAUGCUGUCAAAGACAGUACCAUCCUUGUCUUCAACCUUCCCCAUCAAUUUAUCAUCAAGACCUGCGAGCAGAUCAAGGGGAAGAUCCUGCCCUACGCGCGCGGUAUAUCCUGCAUCAAGGGUGUUGAUGUAAAUGAAGAGGGGAUCAGUCUUUUCUCUGAAACAAUCGGAAAAAUCCUGGGGAUCUAUUGCGGUGCACUUUCUGGUGCCAACAUUGCUAGUGAAGUCGCGCAAGAAAAAUGGUCUGAGUCCAGUAUCGCCUACGAUCCACCGCACUUCGAUUCCAAGGCUCCUUCGCCGAACCGCUCUCCUUCCGCAUCAUCUGAGAACCUUGUCCAGUUUGAACACAAAGACGUAUCAGGCCAGCUCUCUCGGGUGAAAUUGCAGGCUUUGCCGUCCGAAUUCCCGCCUGUUGAUCAUGCUGUCCUGAAGUCACUAUUCCACCGUCCUUACUUCCAUAUUCGUGUCGUUAACGACGUUGCUGGAGUCUCCCUUGGUGGUGCUCUGAAGAACGUCGUCGCCCUCGCUGCCGGCUGGGUAGACGGCAUGGGAUGGGGCGACAAUGCCAAGGCUGCAAUCAUGCGGGUUGGGCUUCUUGAAAUGGUCAAGUUUGGAGAGAAGUUCUUCGGCGCGACGAUUGAGACCCGGACUUUCACCGAAGAGAGUGCAGGCGUCGCCGAUCUAAUCACCAGUUGCAGCGGUGGCCGUAACUUCCGUUGUGCGAAACUCAGCGUGGAAAGGAAACAGCCUAUCGAGAAGGUCGAGGAGACUGAGCUGAACGGCCAAAAGCUCCAAGGCACUCUGACCGCAGUCGAGGUGAACAAUUUCCUGAAGAAGCAGGGCAUGGAGGAUGAGUUCCCCUUGCUGACUGCAGUUUAUCGUGUGCUGACGGGAGCCAUGUCAGUGGAGGACAUUCCAUCAUACAUUGAGCGGUAAAUGAGACCUGAUGACAACUUUUCUUUGGCAGUGUUGUGUUGUUAAUUCACUGGGAAUUGUAUUACAAUGUUGAACAGAAAGCCGGACACUCCUUCAUACACGGAAACGAGCGAGUCGACGAGCGUUGGCGCAAAGCAGGCAAUUUUCAGCGCGCGGUUGUAAAAAAGGGAAGGAUGCAUGCAUAUACGACUUAACCAUCCCUUCCUGUUGCCUUCCUGGUCUGUUUGUCGACUUCUCUGCGACUUCACGCUUCCAAGCACAUAAAUAGACAAUUAUA